AUGCUGCCGUUCGAGGAGCAGGCGGUGGCGGACCUCCUGGAGGACCCCAACGGAGGGCUGGUGGUGGUCUCCUCCGGCCUCCCGCUCGCCUCCCUCGCCGCCACGCUCCUGCUCCACCUCCACCACCAAUCCACAUCCUCCUCCUCCUCCGGCGGCGGGGGCGGCGGAUGCUUCCUCAUCCUCUCCGCCCCGGACGCCCUCAAGGACCAAAUCCGGCGCCGCCUCGUCGAAUCCCAGCUCCUGCAGGUCCACGACGUGGCCUCCGACGUCCCCGCCGCCCACCGCCGCGCGCUCUACUCCUCCGGGGAGGGCGUGGCGCUCUUCCUCACCCCGCGCGUGCUCGCCGCGGACCUCCUCACCGCCCACCUCCUCCCCUCCCGCGUCCAGGCCCUGCUCCUCCUCGCCGCGCACCGCUCCUCCGACACCUCCGCCGACGCCUUCAUCGCCCGCCUCCUGCGCCAGCACCGCCUCCUCCCCGUUUACGCCUUCUCCGACCGCCCCCACGCCAUGGUCGCCGGCUUCGCCAAGGCCGAGCGCACCAUGAAGAGCCUCUACAUCCGCCGCCUCCACCUCUGGCCGCGCUUCCACGUUCUCGCCGCCGCCGACCUCGAGCGCUCCCCGCCGGAGGUCAUCGACGUCCGCGUGCCCAUGACGCACCCCAUGGUCGGCAUCCAGGCCGCCAUCCUCGACGCCAUGGACGCCUGCCUCAAGGAGCUCAGGCGGACCUACAAGGUCGAUGUCGAGGACCUCACCAUUGACAAGGGCCUCUUCAAGUCCUUCGACGAGAUUGUCAGGAGGCAGCUCGACCCCAUCUGGCACACCCUCGGCAAGAAGACCAAGCAGCUCGUCGCCGACCUCAGGACGCUACGCAAGCUGCUCGAUUACCUUGGCAGGUAUGAUGCCGUGACAUACUUGAAGUAUCUGGACACUCUGAGAGUGUCUGAAGGUGUUCGAUCGGUUUGGAUGUUGGCUGAAUCAAGCCACAAGAUAUUUGAGCUUGCAAAAAGGCGUGUUUACCAGAUUGUGAGACCGGAUGGCACAAGGGUUUCAAUUGCCAAGGGCACGCCAACGAAGAAGAGGAAGGUGACACCCAGUAGUAGCAAGAAAGGAAAAGAAACUGAAAAUGAGGAUUCUGCUGCUAACAAGGAUGACGCUCAGAAGGUAAAUGCAGAGGCUUCCUUUCUACUGGAGGAGGUUUUGGAGGAAGCACCAAAAUGGAAAGUAUUACGGGAACUGUUACAAGAGAUAGCCGAAGAACAGAGAAAGGGAGAUGGUGUCGUACAUGAAGAUGAAAAUAAUGAAUGUGGCAUAGUCUUAGUAGCAUGCAAAGAUGAGCGCUCAUGCUUGCAGCUGCAGGAAUGCAUAUCGAGAAGUCCCCAGCAGGUUAUGCGAGAAGAGUGGGAGAAGUACUUGCUUGGGAAAGCCGAGCUGUUCGGAUUACAUAAAAAGAAGAAGAAACGAUCUCAGCAACCAAAAGGGUUUGGUGUCCUGGAUGGGGAAUUUCCCACAGGGUCUAAUGAGAAUGAGAAUGAGAAUGCAGGGCCAGUAAGCAUUAGCAAGCUUGAGACUAAUGCUUUACUUGCUGCCGCCUCUGGUAUAAGCAGUUUAACUAAGGAAGCAGAUGCCAAGGAGGAUUCAGUUCCCAGCUGCGGCAAGAAAGGUUCUGUAAAGGGAAAAGGAAAGAGGGUGCCAAAGAAAACCCUGACAAAGAGACAAGCCAGUAAAAGGAAAAAUAAAAGUACUACAGAAAAUGAUAAUUGCCAAGGUACUGAUGUGGAAUCAUCAGGCAAAACAGAUGAACAGUCUGAUAUUAAUGUCUCUAAGGUGUCUGCUGAAGAUGCUCCUGCUCCAGCCUCCACUUCUGACAAUGUUGAAGACUUUAUUGAUGCCAAAAUGCUACCUCCUGUGCAAUUUUAUGCCCUAGACAGUGAUCAGCAUGUACUAGACAUAUGGAAACCAUCCGUAAUUAUUGUCUAUCAUCCAGACAUGACCUUUGUCAGAGAAAUUGAGGUAUACAAGGCAGAAAACCCAUCACAGAAGCUGAGAGUUUACUUUCUUUUUUAUGAGGAAUCUUCUGAGGUGCAAAAGUUUGAGUCGAGCAUCCGCCGAGAAAAUGAAGCAUUUGAAUCAUUGAUCAGACAGAAGUCCCUGAUGAUGAUACCUGUUGAUCAGAGUGGCCGUUGCAUUGGACCAACUCCGGCAAAUGAACCAGAACCUCUUUUGUCUCAGAAUUCACUGACAAGAAAGGCAGGUGGUAGAAAGCCAACAGGGAAGGAUAUGCAGGUUAUUGUAGACAUGCGGGAGUUCAUGAGCAGUCUUCCCAAUGUACUGCACCAGAAGGGUAUUCGAAUAAUACCGGUGACGCUGGAAGUUGGCGACUAUGUUCUUUCUCCCUUGAUAUGUGUUGAAAGAAAAAGUAUUGCAGACUUGUACCAGAGCUUUGCUUCUGGUCGUCUCUACAAUCAGGUCGAGACCAUGAUUAGGUAUUACAAGAUCCCAGUGCUUCUGAUAGAGUUCUCACAAGAUAAGAGCUUCUCCUUUCAGUCUGCAAGCGAAGUUGGGGACGACGUGUCUCCGACAAACAUAAUCUCGAAGCUGUCACUGCUAGUCCUGCAUUUCCCCCGGCUUCGCAUCGUGUGGUCCCGCAGCCUGCAUGCGACAGCAGAUAUAUUCAUGUCGCUGAAAUCAAACCAGGACGAACCUGAUGAGAACAAGGCGAUGAGAGUGGGUGUGCCGUCGGAGGAUGGGGUCGUGGAAGACGACGUGAGGGCCGAGAACUACAACACAUCCGCGAUCGAGUUCCUGAGACGGCUCCCUGGCGUGACGGACUCCAACUACAGAGCGAUAAUGGACGGAUGCAAUAGCCUGGCGGAGCUCGCGCUGCUACCGGUAGAGAGGCUAGUGGAGCUGAUGGGCAGCCAGAAGGGUGCCCGCACGCUCAAGGAGUUUCUGGAUGCCAAGUGUCCCAGCAUGAUCUCAUAG